UUGAAUGCCCUGAGAAUGGAUUCAUCUUCUCCUGUGUUACCAGCAACCAUUUUGGAACAAACUGCCUUGCGGCUAGGAUGCAGUCCUGCAGACAAGAAACUUGCUUUUCACUUAGAUGAAGAAGAUGAGUUAAAGCAUCUUCGUGAAUGUUUCUGUAUCCCAAAAGUCAAGGAUCUGCCUCCAACUGAUCUGGGCCUGGUGAAUGGAGAGGAAAGCUGCAUAUACUUUGCUGGGAAUUCUCUUGGGCUCCAGCCAAGAAAAGUGAAAACCUACUUGGAUGAAGAACUGGAAAAGUGGGCUCAAACAGGUGUUCAUGGACAUUUCAAUGGUCAGCGCCCAUGGGCUUUGGCAGAUGAGUGCAUCCUGGACCUGAUGGCUGAACUGGUUGGGGCCAAAAGAGAGGAAGUAGCCUUAAUGAAUGGGCUAACUGUUAACUUGCACCUCCUGAUGCUAUCUUUCUUUAAGCCUACUCCAAGACGCUAUAAAAUUCUUCUAGAAGGCAGAGCAUUUCCCUCUGACCAUUAUGCUGUAGAGUCUCAACUUCAACUUCAUGGACUUGAUGUGGAGAAAUGCAUGCUCAUAAUGCAGCCACGGGAGGGAGAGGAGACCCUGAGGACUGAAGAUAUCCUUGCUGUAAUUGAGAAGGAAGGGGACUCUAUUGCUGUCAUUCUCUUCAGUGGGGUACAGUACUACACGGGACAGUUUUUUGACAUCUGUAGAAUAACGAAGGCUGGCCAAGAAAAGGGUUGCUUUGUUGGAUUUGACCUGGCUCAUGCUGUUGGGAAUGUAGAACUUCAUUUGCACGACUGGGGAGUAGACUUUGCAUGCUGGUGCUCCUACAAGUAUUUAAAUUCUGGAGCAGGCGGCAUUGCUGGUGCCUACAUUCAUGAAAAGCAUUCCCGAAGUAUUAAACCAGUGCUAAUUGGCUGGUGGGGUCAUGACUUCAAAACACGAUUCCUCAUGGAAAACAAAUUACAAGCAAGUGAAGGAAUUAAUGGAUUUCGGUUAUCAAAUCCUCCAAUUUUACUGGUAUGUGCUCUGCAAGCUAGUUUAGAGGUUUUUGGUCAAACUACAAUGAAAGCAUUGAGAAGGAAAUCCAUUCUACUCACUGGUUACUUGGAAUACCUGAUAAAACAUUACUACAAUGAAGAUAAAACAAAUCCAGAGAAGCCCUUUGUAAAAAUAAUCACACCAUCUCAGAUUGAAGAAAGAGGAUGUCAACUCACGCUAUCUUUUUCCCUUCCAAUCAAAUCUGUGUUUAAAGAGCUGGAAAAGAGAGGAGUAGCUUGUGACAUGCGAGAACCAAAUGCUCUUCGUGUUACUCCAGUUCCUCUCUACAAUUCUUUCCAUGAUGUGCACAGAUUUAUUGAAAUCCUGGGAUCUGCAAUUACAUCUUCAAAACAAACAGCAAAUAAUACUGCAUUAUCUGGUUCUUAUUGA